AUCUGGUCCAAAAUCGUUUAAAAUCGUUAUUUCUCCCCUCUACUGCUGCGACACUACAAGUUACUCCGUACGAUGGUCUAACUGUUUGUACUUCGGUAUUUGAUCACCCGAUUCCGAAAUAUUUUUCCACUAAAAUUCCGACGAAAAUGUGUUCAGAACAAGCAACCAUCAUCUUCCCACACUUUUGCGACGAUAAAUUAUUUAGUUCAACAUAGUAUAAAUUCAAUUGUUGAUAUUGGUUGGUGGAUGAUUCUCUACCCCUCAUGGAGUACUCCAUACAAGUCAUUGUGCCCACCGAGCCGGGGAUGGAAGAUGACCAGUGAGGCAGUGAGAUUGAUGUGGAUACAUCGUGCAACAAGAUAGAUUUGAAGGUAGUUCACUCUUUCACUAGACUGUUGAAUGGAUUUUGGAUACGUCGUGCAAGAAAAUAGAUUUGAAGGUAGCUCACUCUUUCACUAGACUGUUCAAUGAGAAACUGAAAGGUAAGAUUCUUUGGCAUUCCACACUUACUAUUGAAUUUGAAGGUAGACACGGAGUUCUAGUAUAUGCAUUUGUUGACUACGAAAAAUGGGGGAAGGAACUAGUAAAUACUCUGUCAGGAAAGGAGCUUUUUGUUUUCCGUUGGAUAAAAACUCAUCAUGGAUGUUUUUCACAGUAGGGAGUGACAAUUAGGCUCCGUUUGGUAGGGCGUACAUUUUUUAUGGGAAAUGAGAUGAUGAAGUUGUGGUUGAUGGAUUCUCGCAGUUGAUCAGAAUUCAGAAACUGUCAUUGAUAUGCUUUUCUGUGAAAAGAAAAGGACUGCGAUAGCGUAGAAAGGAGAAUAAUACCUAAUUUAUAGUUGACUAGAAAGGCAGCUAAUUUCAGGAAAUGAUGGUUAGUAACACCAUUAAUUACACUGUGAAAAGAGACUAAUAGGAAAAGGUUUAAUAAUUAAGCAUCUGAAAUCUGUAUUUGGUAGAAAGUUAUGCUUUUAGUUCUCUAAGGUAAUCAUAUAAUCUCUAGAUUUCUCUAUGGUUAUAUAUGACAGGAAGCCUACAAAUUGAUGGGUUACCUUUCACAAGGGCUAAUUACCCUUCAUUAUUUGUUGUUUAAGCAAUACAUUGUCCAUUACCCUCUUAAACUAACCAUUUGCAUUAUCUUUGAUUAGUCUCUUAUACUUCUUUUUUCUUAAUCUGAUUAUACAAAAUGGAAAGUGAAUAUAUUUCCAGAAAGCACUUGUUUGAUAUCAGUAAGUCAAAGCGAACCAGAAGAACGACAUUGUAUCUGACCAGAGUUGAGGAAGAUGUCAUCGCUCCAAAUCCUUUACCAGAUUCAGAUCAGAAGAACGAAAAUGAUCAAACUGAGACCAGUGAGAAGGAGAAGCAUGAGCGUGUAAAGCUGAAGCAGUUUAUCAAUGUUGAUAGCAAAGCAGACGACGAGUCAUCUGAUAAAGGUAGGGCUGAACUUGGUCAAUAUUUUGCUGAUGAAAAGCAGCUUCAGCUGGUCAUAAAACAGCCUAAAGAAGAUGGGCGCCAAGGAGUGAAACUCAAAAAAAUAGUCAAGGGGUAUGUUAAGGCCUUAAGCCAGAUGGUCAAGUCUAAGCGUAACCAACGCCUGGAGAAACCUGCUCUCCGUCUUACUAUGUAAAUUCAAAGGUUAAACAUCUGAGUAUAGUUUUGGCAGAUCCAUAAUAUUCCCAUAUAUAUAUAUAUAUACUUUUGGAGCUUUUUCAGUUCAUAUGUUGGGAGUAUUAUUGUUUUAGCUUGAAUAAAGAAAAUUCUGUAAUUUUUGGGCCUGUACUUUGCACAUUCGAAUGGAGACGAUUUUCAGCUUGCUGCAUAUUGGUGUAACAUAAAAACAUAUUGUUAUAUGAAUGAGAUUAUACAGAUCAGGAACUUCCUUUC